CCGUUCGAACGUACCUUUCCGGACCUUAAAAAAGGUUUAUUUAUUUGUUCGGAGUAAAAUAUAUUCGAUAGAACACGAGGACUACUACUACUUCAGUUUGUUUAUCUGUUUUUAUCUAAAUGCGUGAUCUUAUCUUCAAUUUCAUCGAGACGUUUGGAAUCGUUUAAGAAGAUAAUUCAACGAUAUGAAAUGAAAUUAUUAAACUAUGAGUGUACGUAAAACUUGAGUGAAUGUAAAACGCUGAACAAUUGAUUUUCAUAUAAAAGAAAAAAAAACAAAAGAAGAAAGAAUGAAUCUACGAGAAGUUGAAAUCAAUCAAAUGACAUUACCUAUCGUGAAAGAUAGUCAAGAAGUUAUCUCAUUAACGAGGUGAUCUCCUAUUAAAAAGGAAAAACCAAAAACAAAAAUGAUUUCAUUAUACGGAUAAAGUAAAAUAGAGUCAAUUGUGUUUUUCAUCAUUGAAGAGAAGAAGAAGAAGAAGGCAGAAUGUGUUGUCCGGGUGGUCCUGGUGGUACGAGAUUGACGAGAUGCGGUGUGGUUUGUGGGAUUGCAGCAUUGGCAGCAUUGAGUACUGCAUUGUUGGGUCCAGCAUGGCUUCACACGGAAGAAAAAUUAUACAUACCGUAUUUACCUAGUAGUUCAACAAACCUUGUCAGCGUACGAUUCAAGCUCGGCCUCUUCAGGGUUUGCCCGAAAAUCGUAAAACCCUCUAACAUCAGCUUUCCAUUUACUACGCCAGCCUGUAGCUACGUAAGAUACAGUAGUUUGGAUGACGUGAGACCGCAAGAACUUGGAUUUGGUCAGUUAGAAUUUACUCCGACUGUCAUCUCGAAGAUAAGGACUAUUGUUAGGUGGUGGGCUGAUAGUACUAGCAUCAGCUCUAUCUGACGCGUCGUUGGAAUUACCUAGAAAGUAUAGUCUGCCUUCAACGACAAAUAUGCAAACAGACGAUAACGGUUUACCUCAGUAUCACUACGGUUGGUGUCUCCAACUCUCAGGAUUAGCACUCAUCCUGGCCAAAGUAGCUGCUCUUUUAACUAUGUCCGGAUAUAUGGCACGAUUUCCAACAGUCGAAGACAUGGUAAGAGUUAUGGUACCAGGAGCGGAAAGAAAACUGAGAGAGCGAAGAGGUGUAAGCUCGGAGUACCUCAUCAGAGCACAUCAAAAGUCACCAGGUCCACCUCAAGCUCGUGGAUUUAACCAACCAACUAAAAGUGUACUUGCUCCUCAGAGAGUAGCAGAAGAAGGAACUUCUCUACUUUGUAAGUCAGCCCCUGACAUUUGUGCCUCAAACCCACAAGCAAUCAGCUAUGUGGAUAAAGCAGAUCUCUCCCACGUUCUUCCAGCUUAUCCAGACCCAAAGAAUACCGAUCCUCGAUAUACUUUCGUCGAUAAGCCAGAUGCCAAUGUUAUCGAUUCGCAAUUAAGUGGGUUCGCCGACAAAGAAGGUCUCAUCGAUUCUAGAAUUCUAUCCGAUUCUAGACAAAAUAUGAUCGCAUUUAGCGAAAACAAGGAACAAACUCUUAAUCAAGAACCACGUUAUACGGAAUACGCUGCAAGAGCUACCGAGCCAAACGUUGUCGAUUCCAGGCUCAGUGGUUUUGCUGAGAAAGAAGGUCUACUUGAUUCAAGGCUCGCAGGAUAUGGCGAGAGGAACGAAUCCUUAUUGGAUACACCACUCGGUUAUGAUUCACGUUACAACAGUUUAGCUGGACAAACUGUACCUAUCACAUUGAAACAUCAUAAUACAUCAGUAUCAGCUAUCCAAUCUCAAUACAUUUAUCAAAACUUUGGUACGAUACAUUCUGGUAUUUUAAGGGUAUCUGAACCUGGUACAAGCUCAAGUUCUAAUUCCAGUCAAAGAAGUAUGACAUUGCAAAAUCCUAAACGAAAAUCUCAAAUUGCUCAAAAUACUUUUAGUACGAUGGAAUGUGAAAAAAGAAAACAACGUGGUCCUGGUUUGGUAGGAAAGGCCGGAUUUUAUGCAGGUAGUGCCGUAUGACCACCACCACCUCCUCCGACCCCCAGGUAACUCCACGAGGAAGAAACGCCACUUUAGUUCGAAUAAAGAGAAUUUUAUCAAUGGCGUUUUUAAAUAGUAUUGGUCGGAGGAAAAGAGAAGAGUGUUUUUAAUCGAAAUAAUCAAUAACAAGAAGAAAAAACAAAAGAAAAAUAAUAAGCGGACAAUGGAUGCAACAUUAUCAUCGGUCGAUAGUGCAGAUCCCUAUAAAACAUUCCGAUACGAGCUGCUUGAUAAUUCAGAUCACUGCCCUUAAUAUGCGUGAUAAAUUAUACCAACAGUCGGAUUUACAAGUUCCUGUGAUAAUAUAUCCCUGCCCAAUGAUUCAAGAAAAACAUCACUAAAUCUUAUUACUACUAAUGUGAUAAAAUUUAUGUUAUGAUCAUGAAAAAAAACAUGCUGCCAUGCUAAGAUAACUUGAAUUAUACCAAAAUGAUGAACGGUCAUCACUCAAAACUACAACGUCGGAUCCAAAAUAAAAUGUACAUAGAAUAUUUAUCCUAAAAAUUAGAUAUAUAAGACAUCGAUGUGAGGACUAAGAAAAUGAAAUGAUAUAUAUGGAACUUCGAUAAAUUUAUAUAAUAAGCGAAAUGGAUCAUCGAAGUAUUUGACAUUCAUAAAAUCAAUAUUAAUCUAAUUACUAAUGAAAGGAUUAUCAAAAAGUUGCGAUACAAUUAAUAAGGAAGAUAAGUAUGAAAGAAAAACGAUAGUAGUUUGCUUAACAUAGAUAUAGCAUAAGUGUAAAUGAUACACCAUGUGGUGAAAUACAUGUUGCAAAAUUUCACGUACUAUUUAUAUUAAAAAAAUAAAGAAAAAACAAUUCCUCUCUUUCUUCCAUCGAAAGAAAAUAGU